AUGGCCCCCGUCCCUGAAAGAUACUACGAAUCCUCAAACCCGUUUCUUGUACACGGACCAAAAGGGUUCGAGGAGUUCAAGCAUCUUGAAGGUCUUGGAAUGUACGUGAGGAUGGACUUUCCAGGCGUCCCUGAAGAGUGCGUGAGGGUUUCUUUAGACCCGGCGAAUAAAUCUUUGGCUGUCUACGCAGAUGCUCCCAUGGUUCACAGAUAUGACUCCGGUCAACGUAAGUACCUCUCCGUCAUCGAAACCGUCUGUACAUGCUGCGUGUUCAACGGCUUUACCUACCAAAUGUCUGACGGUGUUUUAAGACUUCACCUCUCCAAGUCUAACAUCAAUCCACAACGCCCUUCCUGCAUCGAUAUCUCUGGAGAUGACAAGGAGGAGUCAUAUGAAUCAAAGCAGGUUGAAGAGGGCAACUUGUACGUACGUUUAGACAUGCCAGGUGUUCCAAAGGACAACUUCACUGUCUCAGUGGCCAACGGGAGAGUAAACGUGACGGGUCAAGCUCCUGCUCUUAGCCACGACUCAGGUUCUCGGUUUUACUCUGCUGACGUGGCUGGAUUAUUCGGUUCUGUCGACUUUCCUAGCCAUCGGGUCAAAACCAUCAUCAAAAACGCAGAAGGUUUUUACGCAGUCAACAACCAGUUUCUCAUGAAUGGACCAAAAGGGUAUCAAGAGUACAAGAUGCUUGAGAACGAGGACUUGUUCAUAAGAAUAGAUUUUCCCGGCGUUCCAGAAGAUAGCGUUAGAGUUACUCUUGAUCCGACCAAGAAAGCUGUCACUGUCAUCGCCCACGCACCCAAGGUCCAUACACACGACUCCUCUCACCGUAAGUACCUCACCGUCACCGGACUCGGUUGCAAAUGCUGCGAGGUCUCAGGGUUCACCUCACAAAUGACCGACGGUGUUUUAAGACUUCACCUCUCCAAGACUAAAAUCGACCCACAACGCCCUUCCUGCAUCGACCCGGCUCUAACGGGUCUGGUAUUGGAGCCUCACCCGAAUGUGUUUCAAGGAUCGACUAUGGCUUAUGAGUCAAAGCAGCUCGAAAACGGCAGCUUAUACGUGCGUUUAGACAUGCCAGGUGUUCCCAAAGACAACUUCAACGUCUCUGUCGCUAACGGGAGAGUGAAGGUGACUGGUCAAGCUCCUGCUGUUAGUCAUGACUCUGAUGGUCGGUUCUACUCUGGUGACGUGGCUAUGCUCUCUGCUCCUGUUGACGUUCCAAGCCGUAGGAUCAAGACCAUCAUCAAGAACGGUGUUAUUCGUCUUCUCAUCCCUCCCGUUUGA